UCUUCUUCCAUAGAAGAGCUCACUUGAAUGGUCGUAUCUUACGAGAAUUAUAUAUAUAUAUAUAAAUUAGUAAUCAGAAAGAAGAUGGGUGGGGUGAUGUUAAUUUUAUUACUAUGCCUCACAAUGUUGGGCGUCAGAGCUGAAGAUCCUUACUUGUUUUUCAAUUGGAAUGUCACCUAUGGAACCCUGUCUCCUCUAGGAGUUCCCCAGCAAGUCAUUCUCAUCAAUGAUAAAUUUCCAGGGCCUGACAUCAACUCCACAAGCAACAAUAACCUUGUCGUCAAUGUCUUCAAUAACCUUAACGAGCCAUUUCUUUUGACAUGGAGCGGCAUCCAACAGAGGAAGAACUCUUGGCAGGAGGGAAUGCCUGGAACUAACUGCCCUAUCCCCCCUGGAACCAACCACACCUAUCAUUUCCAAGUCAAGGACCAGAUUGGCAGCUUCCUUUACUAUCCAAGCACAGCCAUGCACAGGGCAGGUGGAGCAUUUGGUGGCCUCCAUAUUAACAGUCGUUUGCUCAUCCCUGUUCCUUAUGCCGAUCCUGAGGAUGACUACACUGUCAUUGUUAAUGACUGGUACACCAAGGGCCACAAAGCUCUCAGGGAUAUGUUGGAUAGUGGACGUACCCUUGGCCGACCUGAUGGAGUCCUCAUCAAUGGCAAAAACGCUAAGGGUGAUGGUAAGGAUGAGCCUCUCUUCACUAUGAAACCUGACAAGACCUACAAAUACAGAAUUUGCAAUGCUGGGCUCAAGUCAACCAUCAACUUCAGGAUCCAAGGUCACCCAAUGAAGCUUGUCGAGAUGGAGGGCUCCCACGUGGUUCAGAACAUCUACGAGUCCCUUGAUGUGCAUGUGGGUCAGUGCAUGGCCGUGCUUGUGACAGCAAACCAGCCGCCUAAGGACUACUAUAUGGUGGCUUCUACCCGGUUCUUGAAGACCGUCCUUACUGGUAAGGGCAUCAUUCGAUACACCAAUGGGAAGGGACCAGCAUCACCUGAACUCCCAGAGCCACCAGUUGGAUGGGCUUGGUCCCUCAAUCAAUUCCGUUCCUUCCGUUGGAAUCUCACGGCCAGUGCUGCCAGGCCAAAUCCUCAGGGUUCCUACCAUUAUGGAUCCAUCAACAUCACCCGUACUAUCAAACUCGUUAACACAGCCAGCAAUGUAGGAGGCAAGCUUCGUUACGCCAUUAAUGGUGUUUCCCACAUUAAUCCAGAGACCCCACUCAAAUUGGCCGAGUAUUACGGAAUUGCAGACAAGGUUUUUAAGUAUGACACAAUUCCUGACGAGCCACCUGCUAAAAUCGGAGAGAUUGUGACGCAGCCCAAUGUCCUGAACAUGACCUUCCGUAACUUUGUGGAGAUCAUAUUUGAAAAUCCUGAGAAAAGCAUGCAAUCAUGGCACUUGGAUGGCUAUGCCUUCUUUGCAGUCGCAAUAGAGCCUGGCACAUGGACUCCAGAGAAGAGGACGCACUACAAUCUUCUUGAUGCAGUUAGCAGGACCACAGUGCAGGUGUUUCCCAAAUCCUGGGCAGCAAUCUUCUUGACAUUUGACAACGCUGGAAUGUGGAAUAUAAGGUCUGAGUUGUGGGAGAGGACAUACCUGGGACAACAGCUUUACGCUAGUGUUCUUUCUCCUGCACGUUCACUGAGGGACGAGUACAACUUGCCUGACAAUGCUUUGCUGUGUGGGCUGGUGAAAGACUCACCGAAGCCCCCGCCUUACAGCGUCUAAUAUAAACUUCUUCCACACCAGCAUCCUACGUAUGAUUGAUAGUAAUAGAGGAGUGUGAUCUGGGAAGGACUUAUAUUUGACAUAUGUGAUUGUGCAUGCACACAGAGAAGAUGAUAGGCACAUAAUAAGAGGGGUUGACAUGAUUAUUAUUAUAUGUUCUUAUCAAUCCCUUUCAAAAGAGAAAUGCCAUCACAUUUUUGUUUACUUUUAUGUAAUGUAAUGUACAAUUUUUCUUUUCUUUUAAUUGACAUUGUGAAUUUAUAUCCAUGC